AUGAAAAAUAAAGCAGAUUUUCUUUUCGUGGUGAUUUUGUUUAGUAUCGUAAGUGUCAGCACCGGUGAAAUCGAUGAAGGUAGAGAUGACAUCGUUGAUAUCAACGACGAACCUGAGGAUGAAGAAAUCGAUUUGCCUACAAAAGAUGAUAAUUCUAAUCCGAGCUGUGUAAAGAUGCGAAGUAACCAAUUACAUGAAAUAAGGACUGCCACGUAUACACAGUUCCCCUUUAUGGCAGCCGUAAUAUCACACCAAGAUGAGUACUUAUGCUCUGGGGUCGUAGUCUCAAAAGGAUUGAUUCUAACAACUUCAACUUGCGCUAACUCAUAUAGGAAGUAUGUGCUCUUAAAUGCAACCAGUGAUAAAUUUGAUGAUACUACUGUUAAGUUACAAAUCAACAGAACAGAAAUGUUUCCUUGUUUCAUCGGCUUUAGAUCACAAUUAGAUAUUGGUCUUAUAUACACUGAAUAUUAUAACGGUACCAUUUGUUCGAAUAUCCGUAUCAGUAAUUGUACCUAUAAAACUGUGUACGACAUUAAAGGUUUGGAAGCUGUUGGUUACGGUCUUAACGCCGACACUGGCAAACCGAAAGUGCUGCAAUACAUCGGCAUGGAACUAAAGCAACCAGUUGAAGAUUUAGAGGGCUUAACGGGCUACUUUGACUGUAUGGAUACGAAAGUUCCAACGUGUUUCAGAGAUACUGGAGGUCCAGUAAUAUUAGACAAUGAAUUGGUCGGUAUAGUGAAUAAAGGUCAAGAAGAAUGCACCAAACAAAUGUUUUCUAACGAUACGUACAGUAAAAGAAUUGCUGAUAUAGUUCCCUCCUACACAUUUAAGGCAUGGCUUGAAGAAAAAAUUAAGUAUCAUGAAGAAGUCUGGACUAACAAAUCUUUAGCCACAUUUUCUGUUAAGCCAGAUGCGAUUAGUGAAUAA